UUGUUUAUAUCGUUCAUUUUUUUCCAUUGUGUUUCUGUUCUUCUCUCAGUCUUGUACAGAGUUAAACUAGCUGUUGUCCUUGUCUGUAAGUUCUGCCAGUCAUCACUUUUGAGUUAUGUCCGUUGACCUGAUUUUCCUGCUUCUUGGCGUUCCAGGUGAUAUUGCUGAGCGGCUAGAGUUUUGUUACUUCACUUUGAAGAGGGUUGGACUUCCUUUGAGGGUAUAGUUAUUUAUGGAACAGCUUCAUCACAUCAAGGCCUAUUCUUAAGCUUUUCUAGAGCACGUUCAGGGUAGCUGUGGCUCCAGGAGACGGUCAGUACUACUACUGAGGCACAGCCCCUCUGAUUCUCUACUGAAUGGCCCCAGGCAUCACUGAGGACUCUACUCUGGUUGGUUGGGAAUUGUUCAGCUUAAAGCCUCCAGGCCCUUCCUUUCCUAGUCUUUGGGAGUUUUAUUAUGUACCAUGGCUUGGGAGUCAGGAAAGGCCCAAGGGGAGCACUAUGCUGAUUUUUUGGAGCUCCUUUUUUCUGCCUCGCUCCCUCCUUUCUGACACUCUUCUCUGCAACUUCUAGCUGCAUCAGCUGUCCUGAAUGCUAGUCUGUGUCUUGAUGAAGCCACCAAGCUCUAUUGGAGGCCCCCUUCCCUGCACACUCAGUCUGGACAUGGCCUCCGGGCAGAGCCAGGGCAAUGAUAGGCUCAUCACAGUUGUUUCUCUUCUCUCGGGAUGAUGAUCUUGCACUUCCUGCUGCCCAGUAUCUGAAAACUUGUUUCAAAUCGCUUCUAUCCAGUUUGAUACUUGUUUACAGCAGGACAUUGUUCUUUGUUCCAAUAUCCUGGCCAGAAGUAGAAGUGUCCGUCCCUCUGUCCCUCUCAGUAUAAUACCCGAUUUUAUGUAAAAGUCUUUCUGGAAUGUCUGGGUCUUCUACUCCUUGAGCUAGUGUAAAAAAUGCCUCCUUUUCAUUUACUUGUGAAUUGACCUGACAUCAGAACAGAAACUGUGUACCUGUUUCUUUGUAUUGGCUGAAAUGGGAGGCCUCUGAUACACACACAUUUGUGGUAAUAUAAUCACAACAUUUCACAUAUUUUGCAAUCUGGAAUUAAAAGGUAAAUCUGAACAUAUCAUUCAGAUCUUUUAUUUAGCAACGUAGUGUUUGAAGAUCUUUUCUUUGAGGCUUCUUUUUCUAGUUGUUUUGUUCACCUUUUCAUUUGGUCAGACAUUUCUCAGAAACUUUCUUGUCUGUGUCUGUCUCAUGGGCACCGGCUUCAUCGUUUGCGUUGGGUGGGGUAAGGCCUUUAAAAGGCCUCGCUUCUGGCCAGUGAGACCAGGAUCCCGCUCUUUCGUUGCCUCUCUUCGCUCCAGUGGCCCAGUCUUUCUUGUUGCCCUUCCAAAAUGGGGAAAAUCUCACCUGUCUUCUCACUUAGGUCUUUCUUCUGAUAUUGUUUUGGAGACACUUCCUUCCUAUGCAGUGUGAGCACUGACCUCUCUGAGGCUGGCUGCGAGGAGGCCUGUCCCAGAGAGCCCGUCUUGCUACCGUUGGCUCUCCAUCUGUGUCUGUCUUCUCCGGGCUGUUCCUGGGCCAACAUUCAUUUGUCUUGUCCGGGUUCCCUCUAGCCUGUCUGUAUUAACCCUUUGCCGUCUGUGUCCCCCAGUGUUCACGGUUGUGUGCUCUGGCUUGUCACUCAGCUCCUGUGCAAGAGAAGACUGAAUGAGAUAUAAAACCAGGGGAAAGGAAAUCACUAGUCUUGUCCCAGGGUACCCAAAAGCAGGGCCGCUGUCACUCAUGGCUCUUCUCACUUUCCUUAGCUUUGCCUGCCCCCUCCCCGGGCCUUGCCCUCCCCCAGGAUGGAGCCCAGGAAACCAGGUUCUGGCAGGCCCUCCUGAGACGCUUGAGGCCCAGCACUGCUCCCACCUCAUUCUAGAAUGGACAGAAGGACUACUUAUCCCGGGAGUUCUUUCAGGAUUCAGUGACAUUUGAUGACGUGGCCCAGGCUGGACGCUGAGCAGAGGACGCUGGCACAUUAGAGGAACGCGACCUCCGGGGAGUUCCUGUUCUGAAUCCUACCUGGUGUCCGGCCCCUGACGCUGGUAUCGGCCCCACCCCUUAGUGCAGACUGAGCGAAGUAGUGUUCUGGAGGCGUCUGGGCGCGCGAGCGGCGGGUGAUGGGCGAAGAAGCGCAGCCGCAGGAGAUGGCCUCCAGCAGCUCCCCACGGGCCGGCGAGCCCAGUCCCGAGGUCAAGCGGAACAGGGACACUGGGGGCCGGGGGGGCAGCCCUCAGGACCUGCCUAUAGAGCAUCACUUCUCCUGUAAGGAGUGCGGGGACGCCUUUCGGCUCAAGGUCCUCCUGGUGCAGCACCAGAGGAUUCACAGCGAGGAGAAGGGCUGGGAGUGCGGCGAUUGCAGGAGGGUCUUCCGGGGGGUCUCCGAGUUCAAUGAGCACCGCAAGAGCCACGUGGCUGCCGAGCCGCAGCCGGGCCCCAGUCGCGCCCUGGAAGAGGCCGCGGAGCAAAGGGAGCCGGCGGAGAGGGAGGCGAAGCCCUUCGAGUGCGAGGAGUGUGGGAAGAGGUUCAAGAAGAAUGCGGGCCUCAGCCAGCACCUGCGCGUGCACAGCCGGGAGAAGCCCUUCGACUGCGAGGAGUGCGGCCGCUCGUUCAAGGUGAGCACACACCUGUUCCGCCACCAGAAGCUGCACACGGCCGAGAAGCCGUUCGCCUGCAAGGCGUGCGGCCGUGACUUCCCGGAUCGCCAGGAGCUGCUCAAGCACCAGCGCGCGCACACGGGCCACCUGCCCUUCGACUGCGACGACUGCGGCAAGUCGUUCCGCGGCGUCAAUGGCCUGGCCGAGCACCAGCGCAUCCACAGCGGCGCCAAGCCGUACGGCUGCCCGCACUGCGGCAAGCUCUUCCGGAGGAGCUCAGAGCUCACCAAGCACCGGCGCAUCCACACGGGUGAGAAGCCGUAUGAGUGCGGCCAGUGCGGCAAGGCCUUCCGCCAGAGCUCCAGCCUGCUGGAGCACCAGCGCAUCCACACAGGCGAGCGGCCGUAUGGCUGCGGCGACUGCGGCAAGGCCUUCCGCGGGCCGUCCGACCUCAUCAAGCACCGGCGCAUCCACAGCGGACUCAAGCCAUAUGAGUGCGACAAGUGCGGCAAGGCCUUCCGCCGGAGCUCGGGCCUGAGUCGCCACCGCAGGACCCACAGCGGAGCGCGACGCUGCGAGUGCGGCGAGUGUGGCCGUGUGUUCAAGAGGCGGUCGGCGCUGCAGAAGCACCAGCCGAGCCACCGCGACUAG